AUGUCCGGCUCUCGCUGGUCCACGGACCGGAGCCUUCGGGGACCUCGCGCUCACCCGAGGAGCCACCAGCCACUCCAUCCACCCUGCACACAACGCCGCAGAGCGACCUCCAGGGGCGGCGCUUUGGGCCGAAAGCAGCCAAAGGAAGAUCAAAACAAGUCCCCGCCCUCUUCAAAUCCUGGCUACCCGCGCGGCCCACCAUUGCCAACCCAGACCCAUCGCAAGCCAAAGGCGGUGCAGGCCCGCGGGACUACCCGCUGGCCGAGACUCCAAACAGGGCCAGGAGGUGGGAAGGGGCCGAACCCCAAAGCCAAGCGAUGCAGCUCGGGAGGCGGCGGGGGCCGCCUGCGUCACCUCCGAGACCCCCGGGCCGGCGAGCCGCUUACCUGGGGGGCGAGCAGGCGGCAGGGCGGGCAGGCCGUGAGAGCGAGGUGCGGAGAGGAGAAGAGAGGAAGCUGGAAAUGCUAUUUAAACCCUCAGUUCUUCUCCCAUCCUCGGCUCUGCAAAGCCGUCCGCCGCUCUGCACCCUUUAUCGGCGGCCUGGGCCGCCCCCAGCGCCCUGAUUGGCUCCCAGCGGCGGGCAGCCGGGGCGGAUCGACUGAUGCGCGCCCGGGCACCUCGGCCAUUGGGCGACAAGAGGAGCGGACGCCUCCAGGGAGGGGGCCGGCGCGCCCGGGAAGAAAGAAAGGGCCGAAGAGUAGGAAGUUGUUUCCAGACUGGCCUUCAAAGGGCGGACCUCCCUGUCCCAUCUCAAAUAUAACACGUGCUUGAAAAUGACCAAGAAAGCGCCCUUCAUCAUCUCCACUUACCUCUUCACAUCCUUGCCCCACCUGCUGCCCCCACUGCAACAUCUCUGCAG